UUCAAUUGAUUCAGAUGGUAGUCAUUUGCGACGAAAUAAAGGCAUUUUUUGACAGAAUUAACUUUGGUGGUGAUGAAUUUAACAUUUUCAACGAGUAUUUAUGAAAAAAUUAGAAGAAACCUAGGCUAAGGCAAUAAUUGUUCUAUUCUCGUUCAGUGUAUAAUAUGUGUAUAUAUUUUUCAACUUAUAUUAUGUAUUAUGUAUCUUAUAUUAAUAUCAUGUCAUAUCAUUGACUAUGCAAUUGUAUGCGCGGAAUGGUCUACCUCGAUUUUUGCAUAUUAUAUUCUGACUCGGCGCAAUGAAGUCAAUAUUGCCAGACUUAAGCCAGUCCAGGGAGAAGAAGAGUGCCGAGGACACGCCCCCUUUUGAACCACAGAAUCUAAGUGAUCACGGCCGUGAAAGGGAUCAAGGGUGUCAGUUCGUUCCUGACCAGCCUUGUGAAAUCAGUCAUACCUGUACGUUGCAAGCACGCGCUUACGGUUCUCUACGAAUCUUCCACACACUACAAGUGCUUCCUACACUACUCUACUGUUCGAUAUUCAAGAUGACCGUUGACGCUUCCUUUCGAAUCAGAAAAUUGCCUCCUAGUCACGUCAAUCAGUUGGCUCUGAUUUUGGAGUUCUCGGAACAAUGGAAGAAAUUAAUGGCUGUAAUACCGACCAAAUUGCAGGAUGGUUUCGAAUGUCAUAUAUCUUGUGACAAUCCUGCGAGAUAUAAUGCAGAUCACAUACGGUUGAUUGAAGCUGCCUCUCAGAGGUUGAAAAAGACGCCAACUGAAAUUCUUUUGGAUGAGUGGGGAUGUUCCGGAAAAGUACUUCCUUCUGUAGGGCAUCUUCUACAUUUACUUUUGAGUGUAGAGUUGUAUAGAGCUGCAGAUUAUGUUUCUGUUAAAAUUUUAAACAGAAGUUCAAUAAAGAGGCCAUUACUUGGUCCGGCUGCUAAGGUACCUCUUAGUAUAAAUGGAAAUAUUUCAUAUAGUAUGACCAGAUGUCAUAUGGAUGAAUCUGAGCCUGAAAUUCCACUUAUAAGCUGUUUGCUUGAAUAAUCAACUCAAGAUUGUCAAGAAUCUGUGAUUUUGAACACUCAAGAAAUAAUGAUAACGCAUCUACUAUAUUAUAAUGAUAAUCAAGAUGUUCCUUUACCAGAUUUAAGCAGUUUAAAUCGAUCAGAAAAUUCAGACACCUACCAUAUAUGGGAUCAGACUAUCCUGACUAUAAUUUAGAUGAUUGAUUUUUCUAGCAAACAGAGUAUUAGUGGAAUUUCAGACACAGAUUCAUUUAUAUCCCUUCUGGCUAUACUAUAUCGAAUAUUUCCAUCUUUAAUGAAAAGUGCCUUGAAAUAGUAAUCAGCAGCUCUAUAUAUCACUCAAAAAUAAAUGAAGAAGAACUCCUACUUGGCUCUGAUUUUGGAAUUUUCUGAGCAAUGGAAGACCAAUACCGGACUAAUUGCAGGAUAGUUUGGAAUGUCGUAUAUUUUGUGAGAAUCCUGCGGAAUAUAAUGCAGAUCUUUAUAUGGUUGAUCAAGACUGGCUCUCAGAAGUUGAAAAAGGCAGGGACAGAAAUUCUUAUGAAUGAAUGGGGUAGUUCAGGAAGAGUACUUUCUUCUGUCGGACAUCUUCUACAUUUACGCUCAAGUGCUGAGUUGUAUAGAGCUACAGAUUGUGCUUCUGUAAAAAAAUUGAGUAGAAAUUCAAUUGGAAACUUAAUUGUCCAAUGUGUAAUGUGUCCGUCACUUAAGCUGCUGCUCUUAGUAUAAACGAAAAACCAGAACGAGAAGAAAUAUCCAACCCAAAGAAAAUAUGAACUUUAGCUCAUUGAACAAUAACCUGAAUUGUGAUUAUGAAUUGCCUUGUUUAACGUCAAUAGUCAUUACUCCAGAUGUCAACAGAUUAAUACAGAAUCCAAUUAGCAUUACUAACAAUGCAGCUGUGAGCCUACCAGAUCUCAUAGCAUUCUAUGCCUGAAAAAUCAAUAUAUGACUGUCAAGAAUCUAAGAUUUUGAUUACUUCAAGUAUUCAAAUCAACAAAUAAAGACAAAGCAUCAUGUAAAUAAUAGUUAGGAUGGUAUGAUACCAGAUUUAUGCAGUUGAAGUCGAACAAAAAUCUCAGAUAUCAUUGGCGAUAAUUGCUCAACUCAUCUAUCGGAUAUUAGCGGUCUAGUAAACAACACAAAGCAGAACAUUGUCUUAUUAUGAAUGUGCAGAAAUAGCCAACACCAAUUCAACAUACUGGUCAAAAAUUGCUAGUUGAAUUCUGCUCAAAGUCGUGAGAAUAAGGACAAUUGCUAGUUUGGAUGUAUUAUGCAGUUAUUGGGAUGAGGAUGGAUAUAACGGGUAGGCUGACACAUAUAUGGCACUACCACUGCAUAUGAUUUUUAGUUGGCCCUAACCAGAGAUAUUACACACCAAGAUAGAGCAUAGUGAGAGAGAAAACGUCCUCGAAAUAUGAUAGCUAUAUGUUUAUAAAUUUGAUCAAAACCAAAGCAAUAAACCACAUGCAACGAUUGAUAGAAAGAAUCGUGUUUUCCGAAGCUAUCCGAAUGAUGAUCAAAACCAAAACAGUAAACCACAUGCAACGAUUGGUUGAAAGCAGAAUUGUGUUUUCCGAUGCUAUCCGAAUUGAAUGGUCGACAUAUUUAGAUAUUAUUUAAUCUAAAUAAACAGACGUUUUUAUUAGGCGAUUUCUGUGAGAAUGGUGGUAGACAAUUAUUA